CUUUCAAUGGUUUAAAAUCAGGAAAAAAGCAAACAGUGUUCUCUUUGCCGGCAAGCACCGCAUCACCACCAAUGAAUUUCUUUCAAUCCGUCUUCUCCGACGAUCCAGAACCUUCUACUCCACAACCGGAACCACAAACUCCUGAAAACCCUAACCCUAGCAUCCCAUCCAUCACUUCCGCAUGGACCUUCGGCAACAACCUCAUCAAAACCCUAGCCUCCAAAUCCGAUUCCGUCAUCCAAACCUACCGCCGUGACCUCCACGACUUCACCUCCGGCAUCAAGCAAGAAACCGCCGUCAUACGCGAAGCUGCCGUUAAAGCCGUUAACAACCUACCGUCAUCACUCGAAGCCGGCGCCGGCUUCGCUCAGAACUCGCUCGAAUCCGUCGGUCAAGCCAUCGACGAUAUCGGAGCCACCGUCACCGAUAUUAUUACUCACGGUAAGGAUUCAAUUCUAGCCGUUGAUUAUUCUGAUUCUGAUAAUAAUAACAUUAUUGAUGAUAGUAAAAGAAUUAGUAAUAGUAGUAGUAGUGUAGAUCUAGGGUUUCCGAAGCCUUAUAGUAGACUAGAUGCACAAAUUAGAACGAUUCAGAGUGAUAUGAACACGUAUUUGAAUGAGCCUGAGGAUGUUGUAGAGUUUAAUGAGUGGAAGUUAGGGUUUGAUGUUGGUGAGAAGGUGCAGGAGAUUGAUGAUGUUAUGAAGGAGAAUGAUGGAGUGGUUGGGGAGAUAUAUAGAGAGAUCGUUCCGGCGAGAGUUGACGAGAGUUCGUUUUGGAUUCGGUAUUUUUAUAGGGUGAAUAAGGUUAAGAAGGCGGAGGAGGCUAGGGUUAGGCUGGUGAAGCGAGCGAUUGCGGGGGAGGAUGAUGAGGAGUUGAGUUGGGAUGUAGAUGAAGACGAGUAUGAAGAAAACGCGGAAGAAACCGAAAAGGAAACGAAGAUAUUGGAGAAGAAAGAUUAUGAGAAAAAAGGUGUUUCUGAGUCAAAAAAUGAGGAUCAGAAUGAAGCAGAAGCUCAUAAGUUGGAAGCAAAUUCAGAUGUGAAAACGGCAUCGGAAGUUAAGACGGAUAGAGAUAGUGAUAUUUCGAUUGUUUCUAGUCAACCGUCACCUGAGGAAGACGGGUGGGAUGAAAUUGAAGAUCUAGGGAGCAGUGAUGAGAAUAAGGAUCAUAAAACGGUCUCUCAUGGCAGCCAUGGAAGCGCUGAUAGAGCGGAGUUGCGUAACCGAUUGAGUGUUGCGGAUGAGGAAGAAGAUCUUACUUGGGACAUCGAAGAUGACGAUGAGACUGUUAAAGCGUAAAAGUCGUUAAGUAUUUUCAAAUUUGAUUUGUCAAUAUGAGCCCUUAUUCAGGGUCAAUUUAUCUGGUAAGUAUGCACAUGUUUUUCACUCUUUGAUAUGUACAUAAUGUCUCUGUAUCUUAUAAAUCAUAACUUGAUAUGCAUAGCACACAAUUAUGGUGACAUGUUAUUUAAAGCAUACAAAUUAUACAAUUGCAUUCACAGGCAUUUUGAA